UUUCUCUCUCUUCUCCCCACAAACAAACCCUUAUUUAUCAAUUACUGCCGUCUUUCCUUUUGAUUCGAAUUUUGCUUCCUCUCUUCUAGCGUCACGUAUCCGCCAUCUCCUUUUCUCACAUUCUCAUCACUUACAUUUUCUACUUGCUUUUCACCGCACAAAUGAAGAAAUUUGUACUGAAACUAGAUUUACAGGAUGAGAAAGAUAAACGCAAAGCUCUCAAGACGAUUUCUGCUCUUCAAGGAGUGGAUUUCAUUGCGAUGAACAUGAAGGAUAAUCAACUAACAAUAAUCGGAACUGUAGAUCCGAUAAUCGCAGUGAGUAAACUACGAAGAAUUUGGCCGAGCACUGAAAUAAUCGCGGUGGGACCGGCGGUGGAGCCUGAGAAGAAGAAAGAAGAAGAAGGUAAGAAAGAAGAAGAAGGGAAGAAGAAGGAAGAAGAAGAAGGUAAAAAGGAAGAUCCGGAAAAGGAGAAGGAGAAAAAGGAAGGAGAAACAGUUCCGGUCAUCGGAAUAAUGCCUUUCCGGCAGUAUUAUCCUCCGGCGAGUACUUAUUAUUAUAAUCAUCAAAGCAUUGAAGAAAACCCUAAUGCAUGUAUUAUAUGUUGAUGAUGAUCUAUUGAUUAUGUUCAUUAGAACCCUAAUUAUUAAACAUGGGUGUACUAUAUUUUGUGUGUAUACAUAUAUAUAAGAUUUUGAUUAAA